CCUCUCCCUCUGUUCCCUUAUUUUUAGACAACGAAACCACCCAGUUCUUUCUCCGGCCCCGAACAAUUCAUACCAUCGCUCUCUUAGUCUCCUCCUCGUCCUCUCUCUCUCUCUCUGUGCCUGGCUCUGAGGUGAUCCUGAAGGAAAGGGAGGCAAAGGAGGAGGAGAUCUAUAACUGUUCUGGAAGCUUGUUCAUUGUCCUGCCAUUUCUAAUAUAGAAGGUUCAGAAACAAUCCGUUUGCAUUCCACCAUGGGGAUAUCAUUUUCAUGCCCUGGAGCUGAUUAUGCUGCUUUGGACGAGUCAUUUGAAGCUCUGUUCAUGAGAUCUCUUAGUUUUCCUGACAAUGUGAGAUCAACCUUAAGAUCGGUCAGCUUCAACGGCCGAGACUCUGAUCCUGCAAUCCUCGAGGCUUAUGGAUCUGGGAAGUUAGCUUUUGAUGGAUCCCUGAGCUUUGAUAGAAAAGAAAGGGAUCGCUUUCACAUGGAAACAAAGUUCUCAAUAAAAAGUCCCACCUCUGAGAAAGAAAAUGGCAAAAGCUCGGGGGUCGAUUCUAAAAAGUCGAGGUUCGGUCCUUUACAGCAACAGGCCCCGGAAUCACCAGUGAUUAUUGGUGCAGACAGCCCAAAACAUGAAGCUGCGGUGAAGCUGCAGAAGGUCUACAAAAGCUUUCGGACAAGAAGACAGCUUGCUGAUUGCGCUGUCGUCAUAGAGCAGCAUUGGUGGAAAUUGUUAGAUUUUGCAUUGCUUAAGCGGAGUUCGGUCUCUUUCUUUGAUAUUGAGAAACCAGAAUCAGCCAUUUCUCGGUGGUCGAGGGCAAGAACCAGGGCAGCCAAGGUUGGUAAAGGCUUAUCGAAGAAUGGGAAAGCUCAGAAACUCGCAUUGCAGCAUUGGCUUGAGGCGAUUGACCCUCGGCAUCGCUAUGGUCACAAUCUCCACUUCUACUAUGAUUGUUGGCUCCGCUGCGAGAGCAGGCAACCUUUCUUCUACUGGCUGGAUGUGGGGGAUGGGAAGGAGGUCAAUCUUGAAGAACAUUGCCCUCGGUCAAAGCUUCAACAGCAGUGCAUCAAAUAUCUUGGCCCUAAAGAAAGGGAGGCCUAUGAAGUAAUAGUUGAAGAUGGGAAGUUCAUGUACAAGAGAAGCAGGGAAAUCCUAGACACGUCCGAGGGCCCCAAAGAUGCCAAGUGGAUCUUUGUUCUGAGCACAUUAAAGAGUUUAUAUGUUGGUCAGAAGCAAAAAGGUAAAUUUCAGCACUCGAGUUUUCUUGCCGGAGGAGCUACAUCUGCUGCUGGGAGAUUAGUUGUAGAAAACGGAAUUCUGAAGGCUGUGUGGCCUCAUAGUGGGCACUACCGCCCGACCCAGGAGAACUUUCAGGAGUUCAUGAACUAUCUCAAGGAAAACAAUGUGGAUCUUAAUGAUGUUAAGUCAAGUCCGACUGAAGGAGAUGAUGAGUUCCUGAUCAGACUUCGAAGCAACCGCUCGCUAAAGUUGGCUGAGAAACAUAUUUGUGCCAACCCCGAAGCUUCGGAACAGUCGUCUCGUGGCUCUGAUGGAACGACAAGCAAAGCUGCAGCAACAGAGAGUCUCGAUUUAUCCAAGGGAUCCAGAGGAUUGGGUGCGAUAAGUUCCCUGGCUGAGUUCCGAUUUGGGGCAGACAAAAAAUCACUCAUUUUGGAUCUGUACCACAAGCUCCAGAAGCAGAUAAUGUUCAGGGACCCAGAAGAGAGCGAAGAAGAAUCUGACGAGGAAGUAAAGUACACCACGGGACAGAAUGCAUGCGGAGAUGGCAAAGCAGUUGAAGAUUCAUCUGCUUCCGAACAAGAGUACAUAUUCCUCAAACAAAAUCUAUUUGCGGAGGAGCAAGGGGAAGAUGAAGAUGCUUCCAUACCACAAGAACUGAUUCUUCGGAGGAUUAACUCGAAGAAAGGAAUGAAGUCUUAUCAGUUGGGAAAGCAGUUAUCCUGCAAGUGGACCACAGGUGCCGGACCUCGGAUUGGCUGGGUGAGGGACUAUCCAUCAGAGCUUCAGUUCCGUGCUUUAGAACAAGUGAACUUGUCUCCUAGAGGUGCUGGGCCAUCAAGAUUUGCUUCACCUCGGAAUACAACAGGUCAAAGUCCCAAAUUGCCAGAAGCAUCAUCACCGAAAUAGGAGUCGCAACAGCAACCGCAGAAUCCUAGCAGUGAUAGAUCGAGAGAGGAAAUUCUUUGAAUUAUUGUGUUUGUAUAUAUACAGAUGAGAGAAUAUUCAACUCCUUCGUUUUGUAGAUUUGUAGAGGAAUAUGUUGUUCGAACCGUAAUGAAUUUUCGGUGGAUCAACAGAACUCAACACUACCCAACAUUGCUGGUU